AUGACCAAAGGAAGUCUUAAAGUUACUGUUGUUGAAGCCAAGAAGUUGAGCGAUUUAGACUUUAUUGGUAAAAGUGACCCCUACGUGAAACUUGUCCUCGAUGUAAAUAAAUCUCAACAGACUACAAUCAAGAAAAGCGAUUUGAACCCAAAAUAUAAUGAAGAAUUUGAUUUCACCACUGAUGGACAGAAGGAGCUUAAGGUUGAAGUUUGGGAUAGAAAUACUAUCGGAAGUGAUGAAAUAAUCGGUUCGGAAGUUAUCCCACUAAAUACUGUUUAUACUAAAGGUUACCACGAUGUUUGGAUCAAAAUAAAAGCAAAAAAUGACAAAAGGAACCAUGGAGAGGUUCACUUAAUCCUCGAAUACGCUGUUUAA